ACGUUCGGAGACUGCCACACCCUUUGUCCCGGAUCGCCCUCGACUUCCGAGCCCUCCUGGCUCAUGCUUAGACCAAUUUGAUCAAGCUGUUGUCGUACUCGAUUGCCCGAUAUGUCUUGGUGGUUGACGCUGCGGCACAGCAUCACGAAUCGGCCACAUGCUCUUCCCCAGGCGGCUUGUCGCCAGGUCUAACCCAGCAACCCCAGCCUUGUCGGGUUUCCGUCUGACUGUGCGUCAAACGCAGGAACCCGGGAUCGGUUCUCGUUACCUAGCCACCUUUAUUCUUCAGCAUGGAUCAUUUGAACCUCUCUUUCAGACUUCCCAGCUCAGCAAACGGGUCGGCACCGGGUCCCAGUUUCUGGGACCUUCCCUUCAAACUCUUACCCGCCCAAGUCGCCCGUCUCACCGCUCACUCUCUCCGACUCAAUACCCUUGUGGGAGAAGUGAGAAGGCCCGGAAACGGGUAUCAAGGAUGCACCAUAUCGUGCUCUCUUGAUGACAUUCAGGGGAUUCACUCGGGGGUCAUCGACCAGGAAGCAGUCGAUUAUUUGAUCUGGAAUUUGGGCCGCGAACACAUUCGUGGCAGUCAAUCUCCGCGUCAUAAUCGCAUCAUCAAGAUUGAAUACCUCUCGCGAGUUGCAAAUGCAGCCUGGUACUUGGAGUGCAACCCUUCCAGUCUGUGUCAACUGUGGGAUCGCCUUGAGCGGCCUUGGCAGGAAUUUGUCGUUGAGCACGACCGAGAUGAGUUCUGUUGGAGGCGACAGCGGCCAAGCGUUUCAACUGGCAAAGCUUGUCAUUAUGCGAAUACCGCAUACAUCCUCCAGAAGGAUGAUGUAUUUGCUCAAGCUAUCCAGUUCGUGGUUUGGGACUCGUUGCAGAAUAGGAUCGCCACAUCGGUUGAGGACGAGGACCUGAGAAACAUUGCUGCGGUGCGAGAAAGAUAUCUGCGAAGGGUGUUUAACCACCUCCUUACGGAAAUCACACUGUUGCAGAGCUCAAAGAGGACCUGGGAAAUCGCUGCUGAGAUCCGGAAGAGAAUCGAAGAGUCAGAUCUGCUUGGCAUAAGGCUUCUCAGUAACGAAGGCCCCGAAGCCGUUAUCAAUGCUUUGGAUCACGCCUGGGGACAAGGCGAAGAAAUCUUGGCCCAAUUCUCCGUGUACGGGUUCAUUCACCAGGUUGACGUGGUGUUGUUGAACGGAACGUCCGCGUACUGUCCCCCUCGUGUCUCAGCACCCAGUUUCAGCCCAAAAGAAGUGGGAAGGGUCAACUGGCUUGGACUGUUUCGGCUGUCGAGUAGAGAUCAGUAUACGGAAACGGUUGAGAAGCUGCUCAGCAGAAUCAGUACCCAGAUUCAGCUUGACCAGCACACUUUCACUGAAUGCCUCAUCAGAAAAAGGGAUGACAAGUUGGAGGAAUGGAUAAGCAAGCUCCGGCAGUCGCCGUCGCUGCCUCCCACCCAAGCUAACGGGUCAAACGGGCUGAACGGACACGCAACCUAACAGUCCGAACGGUAGACAGUCGACACGUUCGCGGCGCUUCGCACUCGCCACCCGACCCCCAACACCAAUCUGUUGCCGACCCCGAAGGUCUGCCACUCAUCAACCUCACCAUGUGGAAGAUGAUCCUCGGCUAGACGACAGCUCCAUGGAAUGCGCACGCACCCAGACCCUCCACUGGGAACUGCUUUGGGUCAAUCUCACCCAUGGCCGAGAAGAACCCAGCCGUUGCCUCCGGUGCUUGUCGUUCAAGGCUAAAGGGGCAACAAAGCACAAUGAUCAAUGUUUCGAGAUG